AUGGCAACAGCAUCAAGUUUUUCACCAUUUGGGCAUCCAAGGGCUUUGGAGCAUCGAGCAUCGCUCAGGUCUUGUAUCAAGGGAGUUCCGAAGAUUCUGCAUUUCUUGUGGUUCUGCAGUCCCCUGCCUAAGCACAUCACCAAGAGGAUUGUGGACUUCGCAUUGAUGAAUCCCACCUACAAGGUGAUGGUUCUGGUGGAUGUUGCCCCGAAUCAAAGUGAGGUGGAUUUCAUGAAUUCACCAGAGGUCUUAAAGCGUCCAGCUGGAAGCAUCAUAGUCCACUAUCUGAAAUCCUAUGGCGAGAUCUUCCGCACCAUGGACAUUUUGAGGUGGAUGGACAACAUCAGUCAUAAUCCGGCCCACAAGCACAAGUGCGCUGGGAUGUCGGAUGUGGCGCGUUUGGAGACGCUCUUCCAUUACGGAGGCAUCUACAUGGAUACAGAUUUCGUGCCGGACCGACCCUUCGCGGACUAUGGUGACCUCUUCAGAUGGCCCUUUGUGACGCACAAGGUGCUGGAUGUACCGCUGUUUGUAGAGAUAGGGGGUGUAAUUCUAAAAAACUUGGGGUACCACCCAGACUGCAGAAUAUAUUUGCAUGUUUGA